CCGGCCGGGCGCCGCUCGCAACUACAAGUCCCGUCACGCUCCGCGAGGUCCUGCUCGCUAGGCUUCUGCAGGGAAGUGAGUGCGGCGAACAUGGCUGAAGACUGUUCGGCCGUCCCAACGUGCAGUGGGAUGGGUGGCCGGCAGGGCCCGGUCCCCAGCCCUGGAGGCUGCAACUUCCCAGAGUACGAGCUUCCCGAGCUAAACACGCGCGCUUUCCACGUGGGUGCCUUUGGGGAGCUAUGGCGGGGCCGUCUGCGCGGGGCCGGAGAUUUGUCGCUAAGGGAGCCUCCGGYAUCCUCGCUGCCCGGGAGCCGGGGGUCUGCUGAUUCUGACCUGGAGGAUUCCGCAGUGGCCCGGGAUCUGGGCUGCAGUCUGGAGGCAGCGGCCGAGCUAAGGAUGGUUUGCGGCCUUGAUAAACUGAAAUGCCUUGAAGAAGGUGAGGAUCCAGAAGUUAUUCCAGAGAAUACUGACCUGGUGACUUUGGGGGUUAGAAAGAGGUUCCUGGAACAUCGGGAAGAAACCAUAACGAUAGAUCGUGUUUGCAGACAAGAAACAUUUGCUUAUGAGAUGGAGUCACAUGCUAUGGGGAAAAAACCUAAAAAUUCAGCCGACAUGAUUGAGGAAGGAGAGCUUAUCCUGUCUGUGAAUAUCUUGUAUCCUGUUAUAUUUCAUAAGCACAAAGAACACAAACCAUACCAGACGAUGCAGGUCCUGGGCAGUCAAAAGCUUACCGAACUGAGGGAUUCGAUUUGCUGUGUCAGUGACCUCCAGAUUGGUGGAGAGUUCAGCAACACUCCUGACCAAGCUCCUGAGCACAUCAGCAAAGACCUAUACAAAUCAGCUUUCUUCUAUUUUGAGGGAACAUUCUACAAUGAUAAAAGAUACCCAGAAUGCAGAGAUUUGAGCAGAACUAUCAUUGAGUGGUCAGAGUCCCAUGAUAGAGGAUAUGGAAAGUUUCAGACAGCUAGAAUGGAAGAUUUUACCUUCAAUGACCUGAAUAUUAAGCUGGGUUUUCCUUACUUAUAUUGUCACCAGGGAGACUGUGAACAUGUUGUUGUCAUUACAGACAUAAGGCUUGUACAUUAUGAUGACUGCCUGGAUAGAACACUUUAUCCCCUUCUUACCAAGAAACACUGGCUAUGGACCAGAAAAUGUUUUGUUUGUAAAAUGUACACAGCUAGAUGGGUGACGAACAGUGACAGUUUUGCACCAGAGGACCCAUGUUUCUUUUGUGAUGUUUGCUUCCGAAUGCUCCACUACGAUUCAGAAGGCAACAAACUGGGGGAAUUCCUUGCUUAUCCUUAUGUUGAUCCUGGAACCUUUAAUUAAAAACAGGUCCAAAUAUUUAGAAAAAUGCUAAAUUAUUUCACUUAGUAUUUAUUCCAGAGUAUAUUUAUUUAUUGCUUUUUACUCAUUUUAAUUUAUCUUGUUGAAGAAGUACUUCAUAUAUUCUGAAUAUAUUAAUCUUUUGUCACAUACACAAAUUCUGAUUMUUUUCUCCCAAUCCAUGCUUGCCUAUUCAUUCUGUAUCCUGAGUGUUUUUUGUUAAUGAUAGAAUCAAUGAUACAUCAAGCGGUGGAAAUGUUUUGAAAAUUCUUUGAAGAAUGUGAUUGCUACACCUUCUACCAUGAGGCUUCCAAGGUURUAUUUAAAUUCAGCUGAAUUGUACAUUUCUUUGGAUGGCUGAGAAAAGACAUUUACCAUAGAAAUCAAAAACUGAUGAAGCCUGUAAGCCUAUUUCAAAGACUGACAGUGAAGUAUGACUCAUGGACUUAAUGCCACAUAUACAAUAUUAAGUUGAAUGAUAUGGUGAUGACAAGUACCUGUUUCUGGUAUGUCUAGAGGUGUUUUCAUUCAAUCAGUAGAGGAUCAGCAUAGGCAUAGAGAACUAAAGAGGCCCCUCCAUGGCUGCCUUACAUUGUGCCUAAAUUUUUACUUUCCUGUAUCCAGUGGUGCCAGUAACAUUGAACAGAUAGAAAAUUCUGCUGGAAAAUCAUAGAUUUAAGACAAAUGAGUGAUUUACCCACUUCSUAAAAGUCCACAGGUAAAAGUUAUUUUUAAUACUGCAUUUCUUACACGUCUUGCAUUAAUAUGCUUUAAUUUUCAUUUCAUACUCUCAAAACAGCAAGUCCCAGCAAGUUAAUUAUCAUAAUGCAUUCUUAUUUUAUCAUUUAUUGAGAAUGUUAUUCUAUUCUGAUAGUUGUUUCCUGGUGAAACUGACAAGAACCAGGCCAUACCACAAUUUGCCAAGUAAAUGGCCUGGUUCUUAUUUGAGUAUCCCACCAAGUUAAAAACAACAACAAAACACCCAAAUCAAAAACAGCCUUUCUUUAAGCUUAUUUCAAUCUAUUAAACACACCAUACUUUACACCAUGAAUUAUGAUAUAYAUCAAUGAAGAAAUAAGAAAAUUUCAUGAACUUAAUUUUGAUAUAAUAGAAGAUGCAUGCAAAAGAUCACUACACAGAAAAGCAGUUAACUAUUUCUUUUAAUAUUUUUCUCAGGCUUCAGAUUCCUUUAGGGAUAAUUAGACACUGCAGUUUUACUGGGGAAAGAUCAGUCAUUAGUGUUGGACAAUUACACAAGACAAAUAUAAACAUAAAAUUUUGCCUAUUAAUGGCUUCUUUAUUUCUUAAGGGUUAUCUAUUUCUAAUAAUCUCUGGUCAACUGAACAAUUGAGGGGGRAAAAAAAAAAAAGCCUUUGCUCUCAUCCAGAAUUAGAUAGCAGACCUCCUGCUGACCUUACAUCUUUAACCAGGUAAGUAUCUCACUAGAUACAAUAGCUGAGCCUUAAGUACUCUGAUCAAAUUAUCCAUACAAAUUCCCAGUCAGGUUCUCUGAUUCAAGCAGCUGAGAAACCUUCAGCAAUCAAUUACUCUUCCAAAAUGUUAUCCAGUGAUCAAAUAGCACAAAAGGUAUUGUUCAGAUUCUACACAUACUUUUUUUGGGGGAUGGGGGUUAACAACCUUAUUGAAAAUUAUCUCUUAGCUAAGGAAUUUAAACCAAAUAUUGCCAGUGCCUUAAAGGUCUUAUGACCUUUUUUGGCGAGUCCUGAGAGUGGCAGUUAUCCAUGAAUCACCUAUGACAAAGAAUAUUUCAAAGAAGGUUAACUGGUUAGAGCAAGGUGAGCCUUAUAUUCUCCAGAAGUUGAAUAUUCUGUGGCUUCUUGGUAAAACUAUAGAUCUGUUUGGGUCAUAGGAAAAAAGGGGAGGGAGAACAAAAAAAUAUAUUAAUCACCUUGUGCUUAUAUUUAGUUAACCCUGUGUCCCCAAACAGGAUCAAUAACCAGAUAACAAAAAAAUUAUUUCCUUAAACUCUUAAAACAGCAAAGAAGUAAUUUACUAAUGGAGUUUGAUAGAAAAAUUCUUUAAUCAAAACAAGUUUACACAUUUGACACUUAUGGCUCAACUAGAAUAAAUCUAAGUUAAAACUGUUAGGACAAAACAGAUGACUGGUGUAUAUAUAAUGUAAUAGCAGAGUUCCCUCAAAACAGUGGGUCUUAGCUCCAUUGUAAGACUUCUAAAAAGCAAAAAUUCAAUUAUCCAAAUAAUUCAAGUUGAAUAGAUGAAAAUAAUUAUCAAGAGAUCAAAACUUACAACACAUGUUACAAACACUGGUAUUAAGUCAUUUUCCCAUAUUCAUAAGAGUUUCAAAACAUAUCUACUACCUACCUAUUGAAAACCACCAACUGACCUAAUAUUUAAAAUAUCUUAGAAAUGCUAUCCUUUAGUUAACAGACUAUUAAAUUUUGUGUUAACAUUGGUUCUUCCGGAUUUAGUCCAUAUACAUCAAAAUACAGACUUGUCAAAUACUACCUUGGAGCAACUAAUAUUUCUAUUUUUUGUAAUCCUGUUACAUAUAUGAUAUAGAAAUGAAAAUACAAAUUCCCUUCUAAUAUAGCCACAUUUUCAAAUAGGUUUCUUUAUAUAGCAUUUAUUUAUAUUUACCACAUAAGCAUCAUGGAUUGACUUUUUUUUCCCAAUUAAAAAAAUACUACUUUGUGACUUCCUUAAUGAAUGUGACUWAAGACAUUUCUCAAAAAUAAACAUUUUUAGUUUUAGUUAUUAGUGCCUGUAAUGGAUCUUAAAUGGUUGAACUCUAAAAUCAGAUUCAUUCAUAUACAUAUAUAAUACCCAGUCUGUUCUCUGCAGGAAAGUCAUGUGCCUUCACUAAAUUCCCAGCCACAAAACUAAAUUAUCUUAACAUAAGUUGAACCUCAUAGAAGUCAGUUUGAUGUCAAUUGGAUAAAAAGGAAUACAGAUGAUACUGUUACAAAAAAGCAGAAUGGAGCACAAUGUGGACUGAUAUUAAAAUUAACUUUUGAUAAAAAAGGAGGGAGUGAGUACUUGUAUAGAAGUAACAUUUUAUCAACCAUAAAAAUGCUCAACUUCUACAAAACCCACAGUGAAAAGACAGUCUGUCCAAGAUUUGUAAAAACUAUGCACAAAACCCACAGUAUUUGGGAAAAGAGGAUUUAUACAAGUAGCAGUUUAAAAAAUGUAACUGUUUUACUACCAAUUACACAUUAACAUACACACACUAAUUGAAAAUAUGCUACAACCAUAUCUGGAAAAGCAGUUUUAACAUUUCUAAAUGGAUUACCCCCCAACAUUUACUGUAUAAUGUAGCUGUUAAUACUGCACAAGUACAAUAGCAAUAAUGUUUAAUUACUUUUAAACAAAGAUAAUGGGAUUAUCUCCCUCAAAACAAGUUGUAGACAUCAAAACCUAUGCUUAUAAAAAUUUAAAACUUUCAGCAAUCUAAAUAUUUCAAAGGAAAACCAUUACAAACUUGUCAAAUGUUCUUUAUAUUCCAGGUAUGUCAACCUAGUUAUCUAGUGUAGAAUCCUUCAGAGAUAUCUCAGUCUCUCUCUCUUCACCGGAUGGCCUAAAGAAAAAGGGGGGAAAGAUAGGUGUGACAACUGAGAUUAGGGUUUU